UGGAGAAUAUGGUCGAGUCUGCAGUGAAAACAAACGGCUGCAGCUGUAUGCUAAUUAGGCGCCUAUGCUUCCCGUCCGCGCGGGGCAGCACGCGCCACUGAGCAAACACGCGCAUGCGAGGCCGGCAACACAGGCCCACGCGCCGCACAGAAAUUAUCUCGAGGGAAAGAGGAACUCGUUAAAAUGCCAUCAAAGCUUGUAGUCCCAACAAACCACGACUAAUAGACGAGCAGAGUUGAAGAACAACAAGAAUCAGAGCAGAGGAAGCGGAGAUGGCGUCAGGAAAUUUAGGUCGCAUUUUAACAAACAACACGAGCUAAAUAAAGCAAAAGCAAAUUAUUUGAAGUUAUUAACUGGUUAAACAUCUUCAAACCUUAAAGAAAAGAUAUCCAUCCCAUUAAAUCAACGCAUUAAAACUUUUUUUCACCCCACUUUUAUACAGUAUCCCCCCAGCUGCAUUAAGUUUUAAUUCUUAAAUAUUAUUUUUUUAGUCAGCCCAGAUCAAAUGUGUAAUUUUGCUAGAACAGAACCAACAUAACGGUGUGUUUUCAAGCAGGUGAGAGAAGGCUCUGGGACAUAGAGGCCUAUUGAAAGGGGGGCUGCAGGCCUGCGGCUCAGCUUCGAUUGUGUAAUUAUUUGACUUGGUCAUACUGCAGCUUUAUGCAAAUGAGGGGAACAAUGAACGACGAUGGAGAUUAAUUCCUCCCUGGUCUGCGCACUGAAAGAGGGGGAAAGAAUGCGCCCUCUUCCAAGUGGCGCACUGUCGCAUAUAGGCCUGCAUUAUUAGGCAAGAAAUGGAAACCCAGGCAAAUGUGCAAAAUGCGAAGAGAACAAAGAGGGCAUGUACUUGAAGAGAAAUAAGUUAAGUUAAACACUUUUAUUACAGCAACAUUUGAAAUUCGUCAAAUUUGAAAACUUUUUUUUGUGUGUGCCUAUUUUACAGCUACAGUAAUAAUAAUACAAACUUUAGAGCUUCCGGAAAACAAUAUAUUUCCUACAAGCAGAUGCAACACCAGUUUAAAAUAUCAGUGCAGAAUGUCCCAUCACAAGCUUUGGCUGCUGCUGCCCUCCUCUUUGUCUGCAGCGCUGAUUCCGCCCAGCACGCGUCUCGCUGUGGCCCAGAUUGCCUGCGAGUCCUUUUUCACAGUUAAGAGGUCAAUUUGCCUUUGAAACGAUGAAAAAAAAAAAAAAAAAAAAGAUAUCCACGCAGACGUGGCCAUUGUGCACAAAGACCAGAGGGCUUUCUUAUUACUUAUGUAUGCAGCGAGAUGUCUGAUUUAUAUGUCGGGUUAAACUACCGAGACAGACGCGUGCCCUCAAAAUAAAGAAAUACUCCUCCUCUAUAGGGCUUAUGUUAUAAAAUAAAAUCGGAGAAAGAUGAAAGUUGCUAUAUUCGGUUGUGAACAAAUGAGAGUGCGUAAAGGUCGUGCGUAAAGAUGGCGCAAAAGUAUAGAGACCGUGUAUUUUAAACCUGUUUUUGUGCUGCACAUUUUUACCAACAUCUCAGGGAAAUUUUUAGAAGAAACGAGCAUUUUUACAACCUUCUGAUUUUAAAUAAUAAUAACAAACAAAAGUUAAAUCGUGAUGAUUUUAGCACUGAUGGACAUUUCCCUUUUAGCGACUCAGAGGCCCCCCAGAGGAGAGCCACAAAGCAGUGGCACGUGUGCAUUUGUGUAGGGGCCCAUCAGACCGUAAAAAGAGGAGGGUCCCGGCGUGUGCCUCGGUCGGGGGAGGGAGGCUGUGCGUGCAGCAUUAAUGUAAUAAACCGCCAGUACAUCUGCUGAGCUAUCUGCACAUCCUCCAACGAAAUCCACCGACCCCAGGCUCAGAGCCCUCCCACAAUAAAAUCCACUGGGAUCUUGGUUUCAUCCCAUUGGUCGGGGAUGCUGCAACAGGGGGGGGCGAGAACAAUAGCAUCAUUCCGGCAUAAAAAGAGUGGAGCUAUGCCUUGGAGACGAAAACAUUUCAGCAACAGAAGGAUCGAUAUAGAGGGGAGUAAAAAGUCCCUCAAAUUCUGGUGUUGCCAUAUUUUUUAAACCAACCUGGAUUCUCCAGAUUUCAGCCACCUCUCCGAAGUGCCUUCCCGCUGUUACUCGCCAAGAUGCCCAAAGGAUUCCUGGUGAAAAGAAACAAGAAAUCCGCACAUGUUUCCUACAGGACUCGACCUGAUGAGGAUGAUCUCCAGGAGCUACACACCCCAGCUGCCUUGCCAAGUCAGACGGACCCCUCCCCGCCGAUGUCCGUGGCGUCAAGCCCCGACCGCGCCUCGGUAUCACCAGAUUUCGUCGCAGCAGACGCGCCGGUGCCAAGGCUGGAAAAGCCGGAGCAGUUCGGAAAUCCAGAAGCGGUGUGCCAAGCCAUCUACAGCCCCACCCGACCCAUCAGCAAGGAGCACGACAGGGGAUAUUUUGAGCGAAGUUUCAAUCUGGGCUCGCCCGUUUCUGCGGAGUCAUUCCCCGCAGCCGCCUCGCUCUCCGGCCUGGACCACCUCCUGUACGCUCCGGUGGACCUGAAAAUCGGCACCAGCAACAGCAGCCGGGGCGGCGCAGCCAUCACAAACACCACCACCACCACCAGCAGCAGCACCAGCAGCACCAGCAGCAGCAGCAGCAACAGCCUAUCAGUACCAAACAACCGGGUCGCAACCAAAAGACCCGCCGCCGAGGGAGCAGAGCGAAAACCUAAAGCCGCCUCAAAGAAACCCAAAGCCAUCCGAAAGCUCAACUUUGAAGACGAGGUGACCACUUCUCCGGUGCUCGGGCUGAAAAUCAAAGAGGGGCCGGUGGAGAUGAAGCCGAGGGCGCAGUCCUCCGGGGGAACCAAACCUUUAGGGGAGUUUGUGUGCCAGCUGUGUAAAGAGGCGUACGCGGAUCCCUUCUCCCUGGCUCAGCACAAAUGCUCCCGCAUAGUCAGGGUCGAGUACCGGUGUCCCGAGUGUGACAAGAUGUUCAGCUGCCCGGCCAACCUCGCCUCUCACCGCCGCUGGCACAAACCGCGGACCAGCACCGGGGCGCCGGCGGGGGCGGCGCCGCCCGCGCAGGGCGUCAAACCCGACAUGGCCAAAAUGCAGCCGCUGGGCGUCAAGUCAGUCUCCGACGAAACCAAAGACAUGAGUGACAGAGACACCCCGAGUCCCGGGUUGUCCGAGUCGGGCUCUGAAGACGGCUCGUACGACUGCCAGUUCUGCGGGAAGAGGUUCAAGCGGCAGGCGUACCUAAGAAAACACAUCAUAGCUCACCAGGCCCUGCAGAAGAAGGUACUGGAAGAGCACGGGUUUCAAACCAGCGACCGUGCAGCGGCCGAGCAAGCUCCAGUGUCCGCCCCUUGUUCCUCCUCCUCCUCCUCCUCCUCCGCCUCUUCCUCAGCAUCAUCAGAGGAAGCCUCAAACCAAAGCCCCCUGAAUCUGAGCCCGGUGGACUGCCUGCUGUGCACGAUGUGCGGGGAGAGUUUCACCAGCAGGGCCGGCCAGGAGAGACACCUGCGCCUCAUGCACCCCUCCCAGAUCUACCCGUGCAAAUACUGCCCCGCCACCCUCCCCAGCUCUCCGGGGCUCACCAGGCACAUAAACAAGUGCCACCCCUCGGAGAACAGGCAGGUGAUCCUGCUGCAAAUGCCGGUGCGCCCUGCCUGCUGAAGACAACACAGAACUUGUGCCUUUGAUGGGGGAAAUACAAAAAAAAAAGGGAAAAAAGGAGAAAGAAAAUAAUAAUAAAAAAUAGAAACAAAAAAGUGGCUUUGGGUUUAAAAAAAAAUAAAAAAAAAAUAAAAAAGUUGCCCACUGCCAUAACUUUAGGCCAAUGAAAGGCAGGGCUGUUUGAUGUUUAAGUGGUGUCUUUUUCAUGCCAAUCAGUGAUUGUUGAAUGCUUGUCUCGAUAUUUAAUUUACUUAUAGGCCUAUUUUGAGAUUUUAUUUCUCAAAUUAGUUUAUCAAAAGGGAAAAAUGAAUACAAAGCGUUAGUUUGACUGUUAAAGGGUAUUUUUCUAGCACAGCACAUGCUCAAUGAUAGCUUCUAGACCUAAGAAAUGUCUUAA